UUAGGAAAUAUAGUUGGGGGUCUGCCGUUUUGGCGAUGUUAUACCAAUCGCUUUGUAAGAACGCGGUUGCCGAGAAGUGCACCUUCUAUGGAUGUGCGUUCCUCCUACAAGUAUGGGGUUGGUGGAGACUGCCGACGCUAUCCCCUGCAGGCAGGAACAACUACACGUUCCCUUAUGCAACAAGGUUCUGUGGUCCUAAAUUGGAUUACAGUAAGAAUCCGAGGGGGAGUGUUAUUUUGUAUCGGGACCUAAUUGAUCACCUCCGAGCUGAAGAUUUUAAUUGGAGACCAUACUUGAUGCUAGACCAUGAGCCAAACGAGAGUGACCGGGAAGUUUGGACUGCAGUGACACCUAUAAUAAGGUUCAACAUCGUGGAGAUGCACCAAUCUGACCGUGUGAGACUACAGUUUGGCAUGCAUCAACCAAUCCCGGAUCCCCCCACUGAUUUGGGUCGCUGGCAUAUUAAAAGAGUUAACAAUCAAUGGGACCACGCAGAUUAUCGUACAUUCGCACCUGAAUUUUGUGAGAUGUGGAGGCAGCGUCGCAGCCGUCUGCUACAAUUCCCUGUUGCCCAACUCCCCAUGUUUCCAACCGCAGACUACGUUGCUUGGUUUAGAACAGUCACAACCCCCGAUAUUUAUUCUGUUCAGAUGUUUACGAACAGAAAACCAGUGAGUUUCUCCCUCACUUGGUCUAGUUUUUUGACAGUUUCUCUCCAUUUGGCCAUGGAUUGA